AUGCUGUCCCGCCGAAUCCUACGGGCCUCGCCCGCCCGCCUCGUUGCGCUCGCCGCGAACCGAUCCCCCAUUGUCCAGCAACGCCGUACCUUUUUGCCCGAUCAGAUGACCGGCCGGGGAGGCAUUAUCGUCGAAAAGUACCCCGACUCUGAUUAUCCUCACCUUAGUGAUGCUGAGGACCCCGAGAUGAAUGGCGGCUACAUCAACCCCCCGCGCAUCAAGCGCCAGCAUCGCGAUCCCUACGCCGAAUGGUGGGACCCUCAAGAGCGUCGCAACUUUGGCGAGCCCGUGCACGAAGACCACGAUAUCCUGGGCAUGUUUUCCCCAUACGAGUACACCUGGAUUUCUCCCGGCAAGGGUCUUGCUCAGAUUGGUGCCUUCAUUGUUGCCUUCCUUGGCCUCUGCUACGGCGUCAAGCUCUCGUAUCCCGACAAGGUCUCGUAUCCCCGCGAGUUCGAGGGCGGUUUGUUGAAGGAGUUGGGUGGUUCGGGAGCUAUCAGGGCAAGACAGUCGGGUGAUCCUGACCCGUGA